AUGUCCGCUGACUUGAACCUCUACGGCCCCCUUUCCGGACCACCAUCCACCACUAACGAGACUUGGCCGGGCUCUCUCUAUCUGAACAACACCAUCCCCCAAGACUGUUUUUCUCUUCCUUUGUUCGAAGAUAAUGACCAAUGGCUUCUCAAUUCCUUCUCGCCGCCGGUGUCUUGGGCCACUGGAGCGGCUCUUCAAACAAACUCCACCGCUAGCUCGGAAGCUAGCUUCAUCACUCCCUGCCAGACUGUACACAAUCCUAGUAUUUUUUACGAGCAAAAAUCCCCCCGAAUGCAGACUAUGUUUAAGCAAUUCAUACCGUCUCAGAUGCCUCCAACACCCAUCCACGAAAUUACCUCGCGGGGUAGCAUCACAAGUGUUAGCAGCGGUGGUAGCGCCGACAGCAACCAAUCUCGGUCCAGUGUUUCCAGCCACAGCAGCAGUAAUGAUAGUCCAGUAUACAGUCGUCAAGAGAGCUCCCAUCGGCCUUCCUCUCCAGGGUCUGGGAUGAACGAGAGCGAACGACGCAAACGGGAGCGCUUCCUCGAGCGCAACCGCGUGGCUGCCAAUAAAUGUCGCAAGAAGAAGAAGGAGCAUGCCAAGCAGCUGGAGUGUCGCUGCGAGACGGUGUCUCGGGAAAAAAUGCUCUUAGAGAGCCAAGUUGAUCACCUGCGGGGCGAAAUUCUAAGUCUCAAGAAUGAGCUGCUGCGACAUUCCCACUGUGGAGAUGCGAGGAUUAAGUGCCAUUUGGCAAAGAUGGUAAAGCAGCUUUCUAAAAAGACUGGCACCACAACCCCGAGUCCAGAGGUAAAGAAAGAGUCAUUACCCCCGAUGAAUAAUUUCAAGCACGAGCAGGAAAUGACAAUGGAUCUUGAGGAUCUGGUGCAGCUUCCGGCUGCCGCGGAUAGUUCAGUAACAGAAAGACAAAAAGAUAUUGAGUGA